AUGGUAUUGCAGUUAUUUCACUAUGUUUGGGUAUUUAGGGAAUAAAUUUAUCGUUUUUUAAUGUAUUAUUUUAAUAUAAAUCUUUAGGAAAAUGAGUAGUAGUUAACAAGAAUUCUUUGAGUAUAUGAGUGAGACACUAUAAACAUCUUAAGCAGGACUUAAAGAGAUGCAAAAAUCGAAUCCAUAAAGUAAAAAGAAAAUUCUAAUAAUUUUUAAGAUUUCUAAAAGUUAUUGGAAAAGAUGAAGCGUACGAUGAGAAGAGAGAAAGCAAAAUAAAGAAAACAUAAGGAUGAACCAGAAAUAGUAUAGAGCAGUAAGAAAAUAAAGAGAAAGAAAUAAGAUGAUGAUCCAUUAAGAGAGAAUGAUAAGAAAACAAUAUAAAUGAUAAGAAAUAGAAUCAGUGCAUAAAAUUCAAGAGAUAGAAAGAAGCAAUAUUUAUAACAAUUAGAAAAUUAAGCUUAAAAGGAAUUAAACUAUAAUGCAGAAUUAAGAAAAUAAUUAGAAGAGCUAUAAGGAAGACAAUAGAAAUUGAGAAAUAAGAGUUAAAAAAUAAGAGAUUAAUUAUCUAUACUUUAACAAUUAGGUCGUUGUUCGAGAUUAGGUAAGAUAGGUCUCACACUCUUGACUCUUGUUUCAGUUUUUUCUGUAAUCUCUCAAAAGGAAACUUAACAAACAAUCUCUUCUCCUCUUGUUAAAGUUGAAGAAUUAUCAAAUGAGAGUGCAAUAGUACCAAUAAAUGAUGAGAAAUCAUACUCAGUAAUUGAUACUAACACAUUUUUCGAGGAAGAAAAGAUUGUUGUUUGUAUGUCAGAAGAAUCUGAAAAUAGUUAUUAAUAAAUGUUACCGAAUUCAUUAUAUCGGUUGAAUUCACACAUAGAAUAUAAUUAUCUGCACUAAAUUUGAAAAAGCUGUAUUGAGUUUAUGUAUAUUAUAAUAAGAG